UUGGCAUUUUUAUCUUGUAAUGUAUUCUACUUUCACAGCAGGAAGUGAAGAAGACGUUGAUGUUGAAAUGGAAGUUGAAGAACAAGAUAACAAAGAAGCGAAAAAACCAAACAUAAAUUUUGACACCAGUCUGCCAACCUCACAUACCUACCUGGGUGUCGACAUGGAAGAAUUUCAUGGCAGGACUUUGCAUGAUGACGACAGCUGCCAAGUGAUUCCCGUCCUGCCGCAGGUGAUGAUGAUCUUGAUUCCUGGGCAGACGUUACCUCUGCAGCUUUCUCGCCCUCAAGAAGUCAGUAUGGUGCGGAAUUUAAUUCAGAAAGAUAGAACCUUUGCAGUCCUUGCAUACAGUAACAUACAGGAAAGAGAAGCACAGUUUGGAACAACGGCGGAGAUUUAUGCCUAUCGCGAAGAACAGGAUUUUGGUAUUGAGAUAGUGAAAGUGAAAGCGAUUGGAAGACAGAGGUUCAAGGUUCUUGAGCUAAGGACACAGUCAGAUGGAAUCCAGCAAGCCAGAGUGCAAAUUCUUCCUGAAUGUGUGUUGCCUUCAACUAUGUCUGCAGUUCAGUUAGAAUCACUCAGUAAGUGCCAAGUAUUUCCUUCAAAGCCUGUCUCAUGGGAAGACCAGUAUUCAUAUAAAUGGUGGCAGAAAUACCAAAAGAGGAAGUUUCAUUGUGCAAAUCUGACUUCAUGGCCUCACUGGCUAUAUUCCUUAUAUGAUGCAGAAACCUUAAUGGACAGAAUCAAGAAACAGCUGCAUGAAUGGGAUGAAAAUCUGAAAGAUGAAUCUCUUCCAUCAAAUCCAAUAGAUUUUUCUUACAGAGUAGCCGCUUGUCUUCCCAUUGAUGAUGUAUUAAGGAUCCAGCUCCUUAAAAUUGGUAGUGCUAUCCAACGACUUCGCUGUGAGCUAGACAUUAUGAAUAAAUGUACUUCCCUUUGCUGUAAACAAUGUCAAGAAACAGAAAUAACCACCAAAAAUGAAAUAUUCAGUUUAUCUUUAUGUGGGCCAAUGGCGGCUUACGUGAAUCCUCAUGGGUACGUGCAUGAGACGCUGACUGUGUACAAGGCCUGCAACUUGAAUCUGAUAGGCCGGGCUUCAACAGAGCACAGCUGGUUCCCUGGGUAUGCCUGGACUAUUGCUCAGUGCAGGAUCUGUGCAAGCCAUAUUGGAUGGAAAUUUACAGCCACCAAAAAAGACAUGUCACCUCAAAAAUUUUGGGGGUUGACACGUUCCGCUUUGUUGCCCACUAUCCCAGACACUGAAGAUGAAGUAAGCCCAGACAAAGUAAUACUUUGCUUAUAAACAGAUGAGAGGAUAGAAAGUGAUUUGAACAAGUUGGCAGAAAUUUUACACCUGAGUAAAUGGCAACAUUUACAUUAAAGGGUCAAUUUCUUAAUUAAACUAUGUAGGAAGAGUUUUAAGUUGUAUUACUGGGGACAGUGAAAAGCAAUCUAAAAUGUUAAGUUCGGUUUCAGGAGUAUCUUUUAGUAGCUCCAUACCAUUUCAUUGAUAAGUCAUGAAGGUAUCUUCAAAAGUGAUGUUGUUUCCUGUACAACUGAAAUAGAGGACUGUUUUCAAUUCCUAUAAUGUGAGAUCAGUCACUUGCUUGACUGUAAGAGAUAAGUCAGGAUACGUCAGCCAGUGCUCCAGCAGGAGGCUCUAAAAGCCAGGUGUCAAGCACUCAAGUACAUAUAUGAUCCUUUUUGAAAGAGGCAUGUUGGUGUGUAUUGUUUUAAAAGGGUUUUGCUCCUUUUAACUUUCUUUUGCUUCUGAUAUAUUGAUUUGUAAAUCUUGACAAUAUUGAAGAGUUAAAAUAUGCAGUUGAAGCCCCAAAAUUACAUUUUCAUUUCCUGUUAAAGUGAGAGAAAUCGUAUUUUGUGUAUUUGCUCAAUAGUUGCUUGAACCAUAACUAUAGGUUCUCUACAUCAAGCUAUUUUUCAAAAGGCAAGCUUAAUUUGAACCUAAAUGCUAAAGCAAAUUCCCUUGUAAACAAGCUAGAAGUUGUGGUGUAUUUUGUAGGCUUUUUUUGUUCAAUGUAAAUCAAAGAAAAUCUGUAAGUAAACUGUAAAAGCAAAACUAAUAAAUACUGUAAAAAAUAUACCCAUAAGCAAAUAGUGUAUGUGUAAGAAUUUUCAAAGUUGAAGUUGUGGAUAGACUGAUUUGCCACCUACCUCUUUCCUUUCAUUCAAGGGUUUAGUUGAUCCUUUUCAUACUGUGUAAUUAACUGGUUUUAUUGAUACUCCUUCAUAGGUCAGUGGGAAAGGUUCAGUUGGAUUUGAACUUUGAAACAAACUAGUGUAAGGCCAAAAAUGGACUUGUUAUAGGUAAUGUUGUAUUAUCAAUAUUUUGUUUAUCAAACAUGCAAUGGUUUUUUAAUUAUUUUUCUGAAUAUCAUGUAUAAUUAUGUAAGCAGUAAAGGAAAAGCAGCUCAAGAA